AUUGAUCUGAAAACCCGCGCGCGGAAAUUUUAGCAACUAAAAGCGUCUUUUUUGGGCAUGAAGAUUGAGCUAAAGGUUUUUCAAAUAUUAUUCCUUAAUAUGGUUAAUAUCUGAAAGAAACUUAUAGCAACCGACAACAUGGAGUUCCCUCUUGGUUACAGGGAAGUUAUACCCGAUCAAACAUUACCGGAGAAGUGGAAAGAAAUCGUGAUAAAUGCCGGCGGUAGUCAAAGUACUUUACAAGAUAUAAAAGUCCCUGAGAGAGCGGGCGGAUACUCUUACAAAGACAGCACUAAGCAUUUUACAAGAAAUCGUUUCAUCUACUGGCGCAUAUCCCACGACGUUCUUGAACUUGUCGAGCACAGUCUAGAUGUGAAUCUUGCCAACUGUAAAGUAAGAUACAAAUUUACGGACCGGCCACUCUUGGAUGGAAUUUCUAUACAUGAGACAGUUAACUCUGUUGUGAUAUUAGUGGUCACUGUAUCCAGUGUUCACAAACUCACUUUUCCACAUCCAGAUAAAAUACAUCGACAGGAACAUGUAUUGGGCUCUCACCCGGACCUUAGUGUUCCAUCAAUCCUUAACGAUGCAUCGAAAAAUAUUGUUAAUGCCAAUACAGGGACAACGAACACAUCAGUGCCACAUGCAGCAGCCUCAUGGCUGACUUUACCUCAAGAAGAAGCAUUGUUUGCGCUCGCAUACAGCACUGGAAACAUCUUAUUAAUCCGUCUUGAUACAAUGACUGGGCUUACUCAUACAACUGAAUUGAAACAAGAUUCAAUUGUUCCCCGAUUUCUGUCCGGCAUCGCGACUGCUUUUAGAGGCCGAAAUUCUGAAGGGCACGUCCCAAUGUCUCUUGUCCUACAUUCGUAUGGUCACGAAAUGUACCUUUUCGCUCUAUGUCGGGAAGGAAAUGUCAGGAUGUGGGCCUGCAGUAAAGCCCAGUGUGUGGCAGUUGCAGAUAUUGCCAUGGACAGCAGAGUUCCUUUGCAGGGAGUGCAAGGACACAUUUUGAAAAAAACAGUUGGAGUCAAUGACAACGAACUUUAUUUGGGAACAUUUUUAAAAUUUGGAACUGGAUGCGAGUUUAGCAUCCUUAAACCACUGCAGGAUGCUGGACUCUUCAAAUUUGUCAGGAUUUGUACUUUAUUUGCGCCAGAUCAACAUUUGGUCGAUUUUUCCUUCACACCAACUCGACUGUGGGCAGUGUGGCGAACGACAGACAUGGACACAGUAGCCGUGACACAUGCAAGGCUACCAUUGAAUGGUGCACAAGUAAACUCUGAAUGGGAAACUGCAGUGCUAGUGCAACCGCCAGACAGAGAUUACAUCGUGAGUGAUCCUGGAACAGAUCCAAGGCAGGCAUACAUUGGCUAUAUUUUUCAUCCUGGUCAAUUUCCGUUAGCGGACAUAACUCGUGCCUUGAGCAUUUAUCGACGCUCUAACAUUAUAACAGACACGUCGCUGUCUCCUGCAGUUCUGAAGGAACGUGUGUGUAUGGCAGUAGAAGCUCAAAUUCAAGCAGAAGUAAUGGAUUACGAGCUUUCAGAUGAUGACUAUUUAGAGAUAGCCAAUCGCUGCUGGUCCAAAUUCUAUUCCUGUGUAAUCCAAUACUACGCCAAUGGUACAAAACCUGUUGGGUUGUUGUUAUUACCAAAUGUAUAUGGGGCAGUUUUGCUGAAAAAGUCAGCGUUUUCCCUGUUACGGCCAAUGGAGGCGCUUGAACAUUUAAUGUUAUGCAAUGACAAAUCAUAUGUGCAAAGAUUCAGUACUACACCAGUCUUGUCCCAAGAUGAAGAUACUUGUCAAAAUUUAAUCACAUUGAUGUCCGCAUUAGUUUUGCUCGACAAUCAAUUGACUGAGGAUUUGAAAAGUGGAAUUGAACGCGAACUAUAUCAUUUACGCAGUCCAGACAUUAUUAUUGAAGAUUUGUUAUGCAAACAAGUACUAGAGACUGAAGACCCUUUAUCCGAUUACGAUUUUCAAUCGGAAUUAAAUCGUAAAAUAGAGAACAUCAAUGACAUCUCACAAGCGAUGGCUAUGCUGGUAGAAGCACUGACUUAUGAUCUUGGUCAACCAAGUAAAUUGCAGCUCGAUGAGGUGCAGGAAGCCUCUCGAAUCCUGCUGAAUGUCAGUCACUUGUUCAGCAGCCAGUUAGGAAUGUCAGCCAUAACUGAAAGCGUAUCGCAAAUUACUCAGCUCAGAUUUUCAAUCUGUAGAAAUCUGCUGAUCCUACAACAAUUAGUUUUGAAGCGGCCUGAAGCAUUUGAUCCAAGGUCCUUACACUCCAUAAAUUCUUCACUGGCACCUAGAACGGUUGUUCUAACACAAGCGUAUUAUGCAGUUAUGUGGAUUUGUGAAUCAACCGCCAGUUCGUCACCAACUCAAACUUUACUAGACACCAGUAUUCAGCAUCUAAGCCUUUUAAAGCUUUCAGAUUCUGGAGUAAAUAUUGUUCAGAGACAACAGAGAUCAUUGUCUCUUUUAGAAUUGUUUAUGCAUAGCGGAGGUGCAAAACAUGCCCACACUUUGAUGGCUCAUACGAUAACUGAUACGUGUGGCCUUGUACCAUGGCAUGAAAGUAUGCUAACACAUGUUACUCUGAUGGCUCAGUUCGUUUGGCCAAUAUCAGGAAAUUUUAUUUUUCCCGAAUGGCUUUUAUCAAGCUGUCAGCAUUUGCUUGUUCAAGAGUACGUUAGAAUGUUAAGUACUUGGUGCGAAUGGAACAGCGCCUCUCGCAAAUUUAUCAUGGCAGUGUCUUUGCUUGAAAUGGGUGAAACACACAAGGCCUGUGAUCAAUUCCUUGGAGCGUGCAACGGGAUUUUGACAGACACAUUUUUGGCCAGCACCUUACUAGAUGCCUGUAUAGUGUCUGAAAGUAGCAUGCGAGUUAAUUACUUCUUGAAGGUGAUCCAGCUGUUUGAACAUCAUAAUGCCGCAGAUUGUAUAAUAGAGCUGGCAGAAACUGCAAUCACAAUAGCUGAAGAUGACAACCCAAAUUUGCCCACGCUCCAUUCAAUCGUAUUUAGACAACAUCUGAAUCUCGAACAUCAUACAGAAGCAUAUCAUUGGCUUAAUUCUAACCCAGAUCCUUCCCGAAAAGUUGACUGCUUGAGGCAACUAGUAGCAACAUUAUUUGAGAGGAACAAAUUACUGGAAUUAGUUACAUUUCCUUAUGUCGAGAUGUACGAAGAUCUGGAAAGAAUUAUUGAAGGCAGGGCACGGAGUAUGGAUCUUAUGGAAAAUAAUUACUAUAAUUUUCUCUAUAGCUUCCAUAUAAAUAAGGGAAACAUGCGAAAAGCUGCUUCAGUGAUGUACGAACAAGGCAUGCGACUAGGACAGGAAUCCCAUUCUCCUGCAAUUAUACUGAAACAGUCUCGAUGUUUGUUGGCUUGUAUCAAUGCACUGCAUCUUGUAAAGGAAAGAUAUAGAUGGAUUGUGCGCCCUGUGGCUGAUCAAAGGCAAUCGGGGGAAACUGAUCCCGUAAAAAAACGGAGUAUAGAUGGCAGGGAAGUUUUGCAUUAUAAAGUGAAGAAACAAGUAGAAGUGUUAGAAUUGAAAGAGAUCAAAGAUGAGUAUUACAUCGUUACAGCAAGAUUAAAAUUAGCCAAAUUAAGUCCGGAGUUACAAACAAUCGCACAUGCUGGGCCGUCCGAACUUGUCGCAAUUUUAUCCAAUGUUGGUUUGUACACGACUGCUUUACACUUGUGUGACCGAUUUAGUUUAUCGAAAACUUCUGUACUUGAAAAUCUGGCCUCACAAUGCGUAACUCUGAGCUAUCAAGAAGACAUCGACGCUUGGGAUUGGCUAAUACAUAACGAAAUUUUUGAUAAAGGUGUAUCAGAUUCGAAUGUCACAAAUAUUGCUUGGAGAUUAUUGGAGCAUCUCACAUUGAAACACGAACGGGAUAAUAGCAGUGAAUUGCACAAAGCUGUUACGAAAAAUCUACUGCAUCACGGUGCCUUUCUUCCACAGUGGCUAAUGUCUUCUUACAAAGAACGCAAUGCGGCAGAAAUUCUGAGACUCAUUUUAAAUUCCGGUCGACUUUUAGAAGCGAAUGCAAUAGCUCUUGAAUACAUUGGUGCUGUGUUGGGUAGAGGGAAAGAGUAUUUUGGUUUGACAACACCACUGGUAGCUACGUCACCUGCUGUGUGGCUUCCAUUGAACACAUUAGAAUUGCUUCUACUAGAACUUGAACAUGCUAGCAAAACAGAUCCCAUGUAUAUAGAGAGCUACGAAGAAUUGAAAGAAACCUUAGACUACUACAUCGAAACAGUUAUCAGAGUUUCAGAAGAUAUGAUACAAAUGAAAACAAACAGUCGAGUUGUUUAACAAGAAAUGAGAGGUAUAAUACCUCAGCGUCUGCUGCUCACCUUUCAACCAGUCAAUGAAAUAGAUUUCAAAGUGAUUGCUUUGCAACGAUAUCGUUGUUCUAGAGAUUUGUUCAUAUUGUUGAACAGUACACAUUCUACCAGUUUACUAAUGAAGUAUAAAAAGUCAGAUAGUAUCGUAUUUAUGGAUUAAAUGUUGAUAGCAUUAAACGGUAUUUAAUUUGAAAUUUGUACAAAUUUUGUAAUAGCCGUUUUAUAAUCAUUUCUCAUUGAUAUGAUACAAUAAAAACAUAAUUUUGUAAACGGUUUUGGUAUACAUUUAUAAAAUGUCUGUGCCACAGCCAAAGAGGAAUUUUAUAUAUUUUACGAGUAUAUUUAGAAUAUCUAAAUCAAUCAGUCGUUUUAAAUGAAGUGAUCAUACAUUACAAUAAGUGAUAAUUCUAAAUUAAUGAUUGAUGCUUAAACACAAUUCGGCAAUGUAUAUUUUUACAAUAAUUAUUGGUAAUUAUUCCAAAUUGAUAAUAACCGAUAAAAAAUCUUUAAAAACAGUUCUGGCUCGAUCUACCUCUGUUUUUCAUGCAAACUUUCAAUAUAGCGUAUUGUUUCUUCGAUCUUUUGUCAUAACUGAGUUCGGAUGGCUACAUUCUAAUUAAUCAUUUUGUACCAUUGUAAAAAUUAUACCUCCGUACCAAGCUUGUCAUAUGUGUUAAUAAUACAUUAUAUCAAAUAUACAUGGUUUAUAAUGCAUCAUUUAAUUCACUCGGACAUUGUGGUGACAUAAAUGACUGCAGUCUGACUGCAGUUUAUCUGCGAAUUAUCUCGACGCAGGCCAAUCAGAAUGCACUCGUAAUAUGAAAGGUUGACUCGAGUUUUGGACUUUUUGGCACCCGGUGAUUUGUUUAUGAAGGCACGAAAACCGUACAAUUGUACAUAAAAACAGUGAUGGUUAUUUGGUUAAAUAUAAAAAAUGAUUAAAAUAUCCGCAUUGAACGAAGAUUCAAGCGAGGAGAGCGAAGACGAGGAUGUACCGACGAUAACUAAGGAAGCUCAGG